CAACAACUGCUGCAACAACAACCACCACAACUACACCCACUACAUCCAUAGCCAACACAACAGCUGCUGCAACGACAAGAAACACGACUACAACCACCGAAACUACACCCACUACAUCCACAGCCAACACAACAGCUGCUGCAACGACAAGAAACACGACUACAACCACCGAAACUACACCCACUACAUCCACAGCCAACACAACAGCUGCUGCAACGACAAGAAACACGACUACAACCACCGAAACCACACCCACUACAUCCACAGCCAACACAACAGCUGCUGCAACGACAAGAAACACGACUACAAUCACCGAAACUACACCCACUACAUCUACAGCCAACACAACAGCUGCUGCAACGACAAGAAACACGACUACAAUGACCACAACCACAGCAAACACAACAACCACCACCAGCACCACACCAACAACAACAACAACAACAACAACGACCACUACCACAACUACAACCACUACAACUACAAUCCCCACAACCACAGGCAACCGUGUAUUAAGCUUCUCACUGACAAUAAAUGAAGAAUUUGACUUUGACCUUACCCAAAAAAGUAGUACAAAAUACCAAACAUAUGAAACAAAAAUUAAGAAAUCAAUUGAUAAUAGUUACAGAAAUGUACCUGGAUAUCAGCCCAACUCUGCAACAGUUAUUGGUUUCAGGUCUGGCAGUGUGAUUGCAGACUUCAGUAUUACUGCAACAAGUAAUAACCUUAGUUUGGCUUCAGCAAACCAACAGCUUGCCAGCAAUCUCCGUUCAGCUGGAUUGGAAGUGAUUGAGUCAUCAAUCAGUCAAAGUGUGGAAGGUGAACUAAUUUCAGUCCAGGGCAAUAUAUAUCCUGGGACAAAUCUCACACUGAAAUGUAAACUUCCAGUGAAUAAUGGCAUAACCUGGACCUUGAAAGGGAAUAAAUUACAGCCAUCAGAUAAAUAUGUAAUUAAUAACACUGAACUCACUGUAAAGAAUGCCACUCCCAGUGACAAUGGUCAAUAUGCAUGCACAACUACAGUAAACUCUCUGCCCUAUGUUAUCUGGCAAACCAUUACAAUUCAGUCAUACCCCAAUAUCCAAGUGAGCAGUGACAAAGUUGUAAAAUGUGAGGAUACAAAAAUCACACUGGAGUGUUGUGUUCAGGUGGUUUAUCAAGUAGAAUGGAAUGACCCUGCAACCUGCGGCUCAACUUCAAAAGGAGGCUGCAUAUCAUGUGACUAUACAAUUAAAAAAGAGGGCUGCCAGACUAAUGAGCAAGUAAAACAGGUCACAUGUCAACUAAAACAACCUAUCAGUGGAAGUAGUUACAACUCAAAGAGCAUCAAAAUAAAAGUCCUGAACCAAGAAUUUACCUGCUCUGACAGUGUAUUUGGAGCUGGAAAUCUGGGAGAUAAACAUACUGGUGACUGCAGUGGAGACAUGGUUGGCUAUCAAGUAGCUCAGUGUAAUUCAUCAAAGCUUUGGAACCCCAUAGAAGACUACUGUGUUCUGCGCGUCUUUCGAUAUUUAAAAGAUGAAACUCAGAAUUUACAGGUAACAGACAUCCCGCAAUUUAUGGCCAACCUCAGCAGUAAUGCUACGUUACAGACUGAAAACAUUAUUGACUCUCCGACAACCAUAACAACAAUAGUAGACAUACUAACAGUCAUUUCAAAUCUCUCACAAACAAUAGUCAUCAGUCAAACCAUUAUGACGGAUUUCCUAAAAACAACCGACGUCAUUGGAACAGAAGGUACAUCAGACACAUGGGUGUAUUUAAACACAAACAGUACAACAAUGAAUACCAGUAGUAUACUUCUGGACUCGACUGAGCGCAUGGCACGCAGACUCCCGAAUGAAAGUCUAUCAAUAACAACAAACUUCACUUCUCUCACUAAAACUUCCAUUACUGCCCCCUUUUCUGGAACAUUUGGAAAAAAUUCAACUACCCAUAUAAAAAUUCCAGUGACUAGUGCACAGACAUUCCUCACAGUGAUAAUUUCUUCAGCUCUUAACAAUAUCUUACCUGUUAGAACACUGACCUACAAUGACAGCAAUCAGACUGGCACCAGCAUCAAUGGAGAUGUAGCCCUAAUUGAGACAAACACAACAAUUAACAAUAUCUCCCUUUCUUUUGAUGUCAAAAAUAAGACACUUGGAAAACCUCAGUGUGUCUUUUGGAACUUUAGUCUUCUGAAUGGUGUUGGUGGAUGGGACUCGACUGGAUGUCAACUAAAGACACUGGGGAAUGAAAUCGAAAGAUAUACAUGUGAGUGCAAUCACACAACCUCUUUUUCAAUCCUGAUGUCACCAUUUUCCCUGGAUAAAGGCUUUACCAUAAUCUUAGAUUAUAUAACUUACAUUGGUGUGGCCAUUUCAUUGGCCAGCUUGGUUUUGUGCCUCAUCAUUGAAAUCAUUAUAUGGAAAUCAGUGACAAGAAACGACACAUCCUACAUGCGCCAUGUCUCCAUAGUCAACAUUGCUGUCUCCCUUCUGAUUGCAAACAUAUGCUUCAUCAUUGGAGCAGCUGUUGUUAACCAAGGAGAGGGUCCCUGCAGUACAGCAACAUUCUUCAUGCACUUCUUUUAUCUUGCCCUUUUCUUCUGGAUGUUGCUGUCAGCACUCUUGCUCCUCUACCGCACCCUCAUGGUCUUUUCCAGAAUGACCAGAGGAGCAAUGAUGGCUAUAGCCUUCACUGUUGGCUAUGGAGCCCCGCUAAUCAUAGCUGUCAUUACUGUGGCAUCUACAGCUGGAAGCAAAGGAUACAUUCAAAAAGAUUAUAAUUGCUGGCUAAACUGGAAUAAAACGAAGGCCCUCCUGGCAUUUGUGAUUCCUGCUCUGACUAUUGUAGCUAUAAACCUCCUGGUGCUUAUUGUGGUUCUGUGUAAGAUGAUGAGGAGAGGAGUUAAUGCUUCCACUCAGCCAGACGAAAAACAUCCCCUAAUGGUCAUUGCUAGAUGUGUGGCGAUUUUAACACCUCUCUUUGGUCUAACGUGGGGAUUCGGCAUUGGGACCAUGGUGUCACCGAACUUUGGGAUUCAUGUGGUGUUCGCAUUCCUUAAUUCACUGCAGGGUUUCUUUAUUUUGGUGUUUGGAACAUUACUGGACAGUAAGGUGCGAGGAGCAUUGGCAGGAACGUUUUCACUGAGGAACUUAAGCUCUAACCGCACCAGGAGUACGAGUGCAGGACCAUCAUCCUCAAGUGGAUUUCCUUUCAUUCAGAGGUUACGGCAGAGAAAUGUGUACAAUGUAUCGAACAGCGGCGUUAUGUCUUCAACUGCAAGCAAUUCAUAUUCAGCUGUUGACAAUAGCUAAUACAUCCAUAUUAUAAGAUAAAUAAAAAAAAAUACUACUAAAGCACACAACAGUUGAUUUCAGAAUGAUGUAUAAGGAAUGAAUUUAGAAUUGCUUUAAUAAAAUUAUCAGUAUAAUUGCUUGUACAGUCAAUAUGCCUUUUUGAUAUACACUAUAUCCCCAAAAGUACAUUAUAUCACCAAACAUCCCAUUCCAGAUUUAGUCUAGCUUUGUUGUUAUAAUAACCUUCACUCUCCUGGAAAGGCUUUCCACACGAAGUCCCUGUGCACAAAGCGAGGUCCACGAAGACACAGUUUGCGAAGGUUGGAGUGGAAGAACUCGAGUAUCCUGCACAGAGCCCUGACCUCAACCCCACUGAACACCUUUGGGAUGAAAUAAAUUUGGAAUGAGAUGUUCAAAAAGCACAUAUGGGUAUGAUUGGUCAGGUGUCCACAAACUUUUGACUAUAUAGUGUAUCUACAACCAGUCAGCUGUCAACCCCCAUCAUUCCUGGCUGAUGUUUUUACCCAAACAACAUUACCACAGUAACACAGUACUGUCUACCAUAUCACAUAUUUUGGUAGAAAAUGUUUUGAUGUAAACAAAUUACUUAACAGAUUUUGCAAUUUAUUUGCCUCAC